AUGACGAUACCGCUACUACCGCGCCUCGGCGCACAAUGCGCUCUCAAGACGAUAGCCACAACCACACGCGCGCCCCUCACAACAACAGCGACAAGAAGCUUCACCUCACUCCCGCCCUUCCCACCCACGAACCGAGACACACCCGCCCGACCACCACGAGCUGCCAUGCCCAUGCCUUUUGUUACCGAGACCGUCGGUGGUGGCUGGCACACCUAUGACAUCUUCUCGCGCCUCCUCAAAGAACGCAUCAUCUGUCUAAAUGGCGAAGUCGACGAAACAAUCUCUGCUUCCAUAGUCGCCCAGCUGCUGUUCCUCGAAGCCGAUGCUCCGCAAAAGCCUAUUUCCUUGUAUAUCAACUCGCCGGGAGGUAUCGUGACGGCUGGGUUGGCUAUCUACGAUACCAUGACGUAUAUCCGCAGUCCCGUCAGCACCAUCUGUAUGGGUCAAGCUGCUAGUAUGGGCAGUUUGCUGCUGUGUGGUGGUGCAGAGGGUCAGAGAUAUACUCUGCCGCAUAGUAGGAUCAUGAUUCAUCAGGUCAGUGGUGGAUACCAGGGUCAAGCUUCCGAUAUUGCCAUCCAUGCAAAGGAGAUUUUGCGCGUGCGCGAGCAAUUGAAUGAGAUCUAUCUCAGACACUUGACCAAGAAGCAUACCAUGGAGGAGAUUCAGAAGUACAUGGAGAGAGACUACUUCAUGGGUGCCAAGGAAGCUCUCGAGUUCGGUAUUGUGGAUAAGAUUCUGGAGAGGAGAGAGCAGGUUGGCGAGGCACGAUAG